AUGUCGCCACCGGCGUCGGACAAGGGGCCCAAGCCCAUCCCCCUGUGGGGCAGCUUCGUGUGCAGCGCCAUCGCCACAUGCUGGGCGGAGGCCACGACGCUCCCGCUGGACACCGCCAAGGUGCGGCUGCAGCUGCAGACGACGGCGCCGGGCGCGGUUCCCAAGUACAGGGGUUUGUUUGGCACUUGCAUGGUGGUGGCGCGGGAGGAGGGCACGGCCGCCUUGUGGAAGGGCCUUGGACCAGGCCUUCAUCGUCAAUGCCUUUUUGGCGGUCUCCGUAUUGGGAUGUACGACCCGGUGAAGAAGAUGAUCAUGGGCAAUCAACAAGGAGAUGCACCAUUGCAUCUGAAGAUCGCUGCUGGCCUCACCACAGGAGCUGGAGCAAUCACAAUUGCAAGCCCCACUGACCUUGUCAAAGUUCGAAUGCAGGCAGAGGGAAAGCUCCCUGAGGGUGUGCCAAAGAAGUAUCCAUCAGCAUUUAAGGCGUACGGCAUUAUUGCAAGGACUGAAGGGGUGGCUGCACUGUGGACGGGCUUGGGCCCCAACGUUGCCAGGAAUGCGAUUAUCAAUGCUGCAGAGCUGGCGAGCUACGAUCAGGUGAAGCAGAGCCUUCUCGCCACAGGGUACUUCAGGGAUAAUGUUUUUACACAUCUUGUUUCAGGUUUGGGGGCAGGAUUUUUUGCUGUGUGUGUUGGCUCGCCAGUGGAUGUUGUCAAGUCGAGAGUGAUGGGCGACACGAAGGGAGCGUACAAGGGCGUCAUCGACUGCUUCGUCAAGACGUUCCGCAAUGACGGCAUUUUGGCUUUCUACAAAGGAUUCUUGCCGAAUUUCGGACGCCUGGGAUCGUGGAACGUGGUCAUGUUUCUCACACUGGAGCAGGUGAAGAUCGCCUUCAGGACGAUCAGAGGCGAUUGA